AUGUCAUAUCAACACACCCAACUAAGUGGCCCUCGACGAACCAGGCUCCUAGUCCUCCAUCCCGCCCAUAAAGCCGGUGAAGUUCUCUCCGGAUCACUGAUUGAAUGUGGCAUUCAUAUCUCUCGACAGUCCGUGAUAGAAGCUUCACAUCACUUCGAAGCCUUGUCGUACGUGUGGGGCCCACCGAGCUCGUCACAUUACCUUCAGCUCGGGGCGUUGAUCUUGCCCAUCACCGCCAACUGCGAUGCGGCACUAAGGCAUCUGAGAAGACACUCCGAGGACCGUAUCCUAUGGGUUGAUAGCAUUUGCAUCGACCAGACUCCUAGUGGAGUCCAGGAGCGUAAUGCUCAGGUUGCAAUGAUGGGCGAUAUCUACCAAGUCGCUAAAGACGUUCUUGUUUGGUUGGGCAAUGGCGACGCUAAAACAGAUGCAUUCUUUCUUCAUCUAAAACGUCUAUAUUUGCUGAGAGACGAUUCUUGGGAAGACUUCCGAACCGAGUUUUGUGCCAAGUUCAUGAACCGAUGUGGUCAGUCUAAGUUGAUUCCUUGUCCCAUGAUUCGUUGCAACAUCUUCACUCCCGAACAGUGGAUGCUCAUAUUGCCUCAGACACAAGAUGGGGGACAUCAAAUGCUCAAACGGUUCGCGAGAUAA